AUGGCGGAACAAAGCAUCAACGUUCCCCAGGUACUCGUCUUCAUCGUUGUCACCUUCCUGGCCGUGCGAUGGUACUUUAGCAAACCCACACCAGCAGCGCCUGGCACGCGAGCAGCCGCAAACCGCGCCACACCCCGUAUCAAUCUGGCACAGAUCGACCAGGUAGCCGAGAUGUUGCCGCAACUGAAUAGACGGGACAUUGCGUGGGAUCUGCAGCGAAACGGCGGGAAUGUUGCAGCAACAACAGAGAGGGCGCUGAGUGGGAGAGGGUUGGAUGCGGCACCACCAUCUUUCCAAAUACCCGCACCACGCGCUUCACCUGCACCUGCUCGACCAGCCGCUGCACCAGCAAAGCCUUCACAUCCCGAUCUGAUCACACGAUACAACCUAUCUUCAAAGAUCAACGGAGCACCCCAGGCUGCGCAAGAAGAGCAGCCGAAAUCAAAAUCUUGGAGUGCAGAUAAGAACGAGAGGCAGGCGAAUCUGCAAAGGAGGAGAGAGGAAAUGAUUCUGGCCGCACGGAGAAAGUUGGAGGCACAGGAAAAGGCAAAGGCUUCGGGAACAAGUGCAUAG